AUGCCGCUGGACGGGCGGCCCGCGCCCCGCUGGGACAUCAACGACCCCCAGAUGCCGCAGGGGCCGCUGCCCUUCGACCGCUUCUGCGAGUGGCCCGACGGCCACGUGCGCCUGGUCUACCCGGGCGACGAGCGGCGCGCGCAGCGCCACCUGAGCGGCUGGGCCAUGCGCAACACCAACAACCACAACGGCCGCGUGCUCAAGAAGUCGUGCCUGGGCGUGGUGCUGUGCGCGCGGGGCUGCGCGGGCCCCGCCGGGCCCCUCCGCCUGCGGCCGGCCAUCUGCGACAAGGCGCGGCGCAAGCAGCAGCGGAAAACCUGUCCCAAUUGCCAUUCGGCCCUGGAGCUGGUCCCCUGCAGAGGGCACAGCGGCUACCCUGUCACCAACUUCUGGCGGCUGGAAGGCAACGCGAUAUUCUUUCAGGCGAAGGGGGUCCACGACCACCCAAGACCAGAGAGUAAGUCAGAGACGGAGGCACGGAGAAGCGCCGUCAGGAGACAGGUGAACCCUUUGCAGCAGCCCCAGAAAAGGAGGCUCCGGGAGCCCGAGGCGGGAGAGAGUCACGACACCGGUGCCCGGCUCGUCCACAUGCCGCCCCCGGCAGCCCCAGGAACCUUCGACGCCUCGCCCGGGCCCAGCUGCCCUUUCCUGGACGUGGACACUUGCAGCCUUCCCUGCGGCCUGGCCCUGCGGGGACGCCCGGGGCUGCCCCUGCAGAGACCCUCGGUCCCGGGGCCCUGCCCAGCCCGGCCACCCUGCAGCUAUGGCCUGGCAGCCGCUGGGCAUGUGCACUCCGGCCCCCGGCCCACCCUUCGAAGAGACGGCGGCCGGGCACCCCCGGACUCGGGCUGGGAGCCCCCGGCCGUGUGCCAGCACAGCCUGCACUGGGGCUCCGGCAGGAGGCAGCCCGGCCCGUGGCCAGCUCUGGACCCCCCGGCCCAGCUCCUGGAAGGGGCCCCCGGCCCCCCCUGCACCCCAGAGCUGCCUUGCAGGUACCUCGCGCCUCCCGUGGCUGCCGGGGCUCCGGCCCUGCACACCGUGAUCACCACGACCACCAAAGUGUGCUACCCGCCCCCUGUGCUGCCACACUGUGACCAGGCGUGGGAGGCUUCCGGAAACUUCUCUCCAGAAGCCCUGGAACUUGCAGCUCCCCUCUCCGGGGUGGCCUCGCCCUCGGGGUCACUGCCAGGGAAAGGGCCGGGAGAGCGCCAGGCCUUCAGGCCCACCCUGGCCCCUCCCCAGGAGAUGGCCCCCUGCAGGAAAGAGGGGCCGGGGGCCUGGGAUGUGGGCAUGUGGGGCCCGGGGCCCGCGGCGGGCCCCCCCGAUGGAGUCAGCCCGUUCUUCAGCUGGACCGGCGAGGAAUUCUGA